AUGGGUCUGCGACGCAGAUUUUCUACCCAGGACUCGGAUGUGGAGGCUGGCAACGCCAAUGCCGUCGUUGUCAAGGCGCACAUCAAGGCAGGUUUUGCAGCCCCUAUAAUAGUUUUUGCCGGCGGCACCAUGGCUUUCAUGGGCCUGGCCACACGCGCCAUGCGUGGCACACAGCACUUCCAGCGCAGCGUGUGGCACCAACACCGGGGCCUGACACAAAAAACUCUGGACAUUGUCAAGGACACGUUGCCGCUCGUGGCAGAAGCUGGGACAGGAUUUACCAGCCACUUCUAUCAGCGCAUGUUUGCAGCACACCCCGAGCUGUUGAACACCUUCAACCUUGCCAAUCAGAGCCAGGCAGCAUCUGCCGUAUCAGUGCUGGAGAAUGGUACACUACCUGUGGAGCUCAUGGAGGGUGUCAACCAGAAGCACUGUGCUCUAAAUGCACAGUACAACGUUGUCGGAGAGCACAUCCUUGGCACAAUUACCGAUAAGUUCAACCCCGGUCAGGAGGUUCUGGAUGCUUGGGCCGAGCUCUACGGGGCCUUGGCUGGAUACUGCCACAAGCGGGAGGAGGAACUCUACAAGGAAGCAGAAUCCAAGCCAGGGGGCUGGCGUGGGAUGCGCAAGUUUACUCUCGCAGAGAAGACCGCGCGAAGCAGCGUCAUCACCGAGUUCACCUUCCGGCCGGUGGAUGGCAAGCCCAUUUCAUCGUACAGCCCAGGACAGUACACCACCAUUUGGACGUACCCCACAGGUACUGACAAGCGGCAGCCGCGACACUACAGCCUCAUCUCUGAGCCUGGCAGUGACCAUUACACCAUCGCAGUGAAGAAGGAGAGCCAGGGCAUGGUAUCUUCUUUCCUCCACGAUCGCACUGCAGUGGGCGAUGAGUUCGACCUCUCGCCGCCGUUCGGCAACUUCAGCGUUGCUGGGGCGCAGGCUUUGUGGACCAAGGAUGCGGAUGCACCGGUGGUGCUCCUUAGCGCAGGAGUUGGCAUCACCCCCAUGCUCAGCAUGCUGGGCACCUUGAAGAAUGGUGCCCAGGCAUCUGAGCGCCCUGUUCUGUGGCUGCAUGCAGCGGAGAACGGCCGGCAGCAUGCCUUCCGCGACUACAUAGUUGGCCUUGCACGCGCCCAUCCGGAUGAUCUCACCCGCCGUGUCUGGUACAACAACCCCAAUUCUGACGACGUCAUGGGUUCUGACAACAAGGCACCCUUUCACUUCAAGGGCAUGAUGGACCUGACCCAGGAUAUGCUGCCGCUGGAGAAAGAGAAUGCUCUGUACUACUUCUGUGGCCCUGUCCCGUGGAUGAAGUCCAUCGCCCAGCAGCUGACACAGAUGGGGGUGCAGAGGUCAGCUCUCAACUUUGAGGUGUUUGGCCCCAACGAGGAGAGCACCAAGCGCAUGGAGGCUGCGCCGAUUGACAUCGUGUGCGUGUACGUGCUGUUGGAGCUGGCCCCCGGCGGCCACUUGUACCAGCUCUUGUGCGACAAGCCCCAGGCAGACCUGCCGCACCCGAAGACAUCUGAAUCACCCGCAGAGGGUGCCGUGCGUGCCACGCGGCACAAGUCAGUACCUCUCCGUGCCACAAUGAUGGCGCAGAGAGUGGCGGCGAUGUUCGACGAGCUUCGCGAUCAAGUGGUCGCCAUGGUCCAGGAACAAGAGCAGCAGGGAAGCCAGGUUACGGAGCUGCAGGGACAGCUGGCUGCCCAGACGCAGCGGGUGGAAGCCCUGGAGGCAAAGCUUCAGGGACUGAGGCAGCUACUGGGGCAAGAUGCAGGGGAGAGUGAGGCGGAGACGUGCACACCGCCAUCCCCCAACAUGGUGGACUCUCCCACUUCGGGUUCCGACGAAGAGAUGGAGCCAAACCGAAGGGCCAUUGCCAACUCGCUCCUGAAGCAUCUCUAUGCCCUGGUUGGGGCCAAGGCCAAUGAAAAGGGAGAAGUUGAAGCCUUGCCACAGGUCUUGCCCCAGGUCCAGGAGGCUCCUGAUGGCCAUGGCCCCAAGCCCGCGCACUGGAGGUGCGUGUGGCGCCCCGGCAUGGACAUCAGGAGCGAGCACACAGUUCAGAGAAAGGGAGUGGUGGGCUUCCUGAGCUGUGGAGAAGUUUUCGACGUGAUCCAAGAGUGGCGAGGCAGAGAGGGCACCCUCUUCCUGAAGCUUGCCGGCGAAAAGGGUUGGGUCUUCGACAAGACGCGUACCGGCACCUUCUGCGUGCCAGUGGGGAGCGAGUGGCAGGACUGGCGAGGUCCUGAGGGCCACAAGGCCUGGACGGCCAACAACAGAGAUCACCAGCACGGAUCGUGGAACAACGCCCCCAGCGGGAAUGGUCGCGAUCGCGCAGGCGACAAGUGGAGUCGGUCCAGCUCUCUUAGUCUUUGGGAAGGCCAGGAAGACAAGUGGGCAUGGAGCAGCAAAGAGUCCAGCUUUUCUUGGAAAGGCCAAGAAGACAAGUGGGCAUGGGAGCAGAAAGAUCGUGAUGGCUGGCGCCAUGAGCAGCAGCAUGCGGGGAGCAGCAACGAGUGGAAGUCUUGGGGGUACAACGGCCAGAACAAGACGGAGUCACACAAGAAUUCGUGGUGA